AAACAAAGAUAGAGAGAGAAAAUAUAUAGAGACAGUUUUGGAGAGAGAGAGAGAGAAAAAAAAAAACAUUUUGGAUCUAAACCCGUCUUCGUUCGUUCCCGUUCUUCCCCUUCUCUGCUUCAAAACCAUGAGAAUCAGAAAGCAUGCGAAGAUCUCAGGCCACUUGUUCUCGCAAACCUCAGGCUCUUAUCUCCUUCCUCAACGACAGCUUCUUCAGACCCAUGUGUGUCAGCUCAACCAGUCACCAUGGGAUGUGAUAAACUUCCCACCUGAUUCAGCAUCAACAUCUCCAUACCAGGUGGAUAUAGACGAUAGCUUCACAGGAAAUGGGAGCUUAGGAGACUCUAUAGGACCUGUCGAGAGCGUUGCGUCGAUGAAGAUAUCGGUGGAGGAAGAGAAGGAGAUAAAGGAAGAGGAUGGUCCGAGCCGGGUUUUCUCUGGCGAGAGAGAGGGCCAUCUGGGGUUGGAAAAUGCUGAGGCUAUUAUGUGCUGUAAGAGUGAUGGAAAGGGUUGGCAAUGUAGGAGGGUAGCGAAAGAAGGGCAUUCACUUUGUGAACAUCAUUGGGCCCAGCUCAGGAAUUACAGUAGUUUGGCUCAUCCCGGUAGUAAAAAAUCCGAUAAGGCCUCGGAGAAAGGCGCGGCAAUUCGUCGCCGGCCUCGCACAAAGAAGGCUUCUGUAUCUAAUCCACAUGAAUUUUACUAUUACUCCGGAUUUGGACCGCGUUGGGGCAAGAAGAGAGGUAACACUGUGGAAGUAGCUAAUGUUAGUAGUGACACCAAGCUUGUAGUUGAGCCCGAAAUCACAACAGCAUCAUCGUCGCAUCAGAUUGAUGACGAAGUGUUUGAUUAUAUAGAGGAGGACGAUGACGACGAUGAUGAUGAGGAUGAGAAUCGUGGAAUAGGGAAGAAGAGAGGCCGAAAGCCCAUUAAAGCUAGAUCAUUGAAGUCUCUAAUGUGAAGUUGGAUGAUAGAGCAAUGUGUGUAUGUUGAAUGUUUGAUUAUCGUAAUUGUACUAGUUUUUGUGUUGGUUAAAGUACUUUUAGGUUUAGAUGACUUUUGUUUUGUAUUUUGUAGCGUUUUGUCGUAGGUGAGAAUAGCAUGUCCUCCUGACAUUGUGAGGAUGUUUAGCGUGUAAUUCAAGUAGACAUUAUUGUUGUGUUUUCGUCCAAAGGGUAGAUUUGUAAUUUGAAGUUCUUAAUAUAGUAUUUUGAAUGGCUUA